AUGAUAUCCUCAUCUUGUACAGGAGCCAUCAGAUUUUCCCCUCUCACGCCGUCAAGUGAUAAUCUCGAUGAGGCUCAACUUGUUCAAUACAAUUAUCUGGCAAAUACUACAAAGGCUGUAUAUAAAAAUACUAUCGUCACAGAAGAUGCAGAUGGAUCACUGCAAGGACCGUUCAAUAUGCUGCUUUACACGCCAACGGUUGCACAGCCUUGGGUGAAUUUGCAAUUAGCCGUGGCUGGUCUGCUAGUCCCCAGCGAAGCUGAAUGUGCUAUUCUCGGCGUUUUAUCAGUCACCAAAGCGACAUAUGGAAUUUAUGCGCACAAGAUCUUGGCUGAGAAAGCAGGCUUAACAGCCUCGCAAGUUGCAGGCAUGCUAGCGGGAGACUGUCCAUCGAGCGUGACACCUCGUCAAAAGGCUGUCUACGAAAUCGCCGUGAAACUAGCUCAGACUAGAGGAACGUUAGAUAUGCCGUCGUUCAAGGCUUCUGAGGCUGUGCUGGGACAGGCGGGGAUUCUUGGGGCCAUUCAGCAGUCUGCUGCGUUUAUGUAUGCUUCGAUAGAAUAA